UGAUUUCAAAAUUCUCACACCAGUUUCGUUAUCUUUUCUUCGCCGCCAGAAAUUAAUUAUUUUCAAAUUGAUCCCACUAAAAUGGAUUAUUCAGAAAAUGUUCCAUCUUAUGAUCAAAACGAAAAUCUCACCCCUGUUGCACCAUCACCUCCUUCUUCUUCUUCGUACUUGACAAGAGAUCAAGAGCAUGGGAUUAUGGUCUCUGCUUUGCGUCAAGUGAUAUCUAAUUCAGGAAGUGACACCUCAUCAUCUCACUCGAUCGCCGGGGAAGCUCUUCCGCAUCCGGACGCUGGCCCUUGUCCUCUAUGCGGCGUCACUGGUUGCUUCGGCUGCGCAUUCCAACAUGGGAAAGAAGAGAUUAAGAGAGAGAAGAAGCACAAAGGAGUGAGGAAAAAGCCAUCAGGUAAAUGGUCGGCAGAAAUAUGGGAUCCGACUUUGAGGGUAAGGACGUGGCUUGGAACGUUUUCCACGGCAGAGAUGGCAGCGCAAGCUUACGAUGAUGCAGCGGCUGGGCUUGUCGGGAGAGGACUAGAGAGACGUGGCACAAAGAAUGGAGAAAGAAGCCAGGAGGGAGAUGGUUGAGAAAAGUAUAUAGGAGAAUCGGAUUCGAGGUGUUAUACGUCAAGAAAAUUAUUGCUCACGA